UUCCUGUAAGCUAUGCGGGCUAGGCACCUGUCUGCCUUCAUGUACCUGACGUUAGUAGAUAUAGUGCAUAUACUAAUGAAAUGACAGCACUUAGGUUAGGUGACUUUCCGCACUUGUCACCUCAAUUCCUGUUGAGCGCCAUAUCCGAGUCGCUUCAAUCGGUAUUCUCGUGAGAACCGGCUGGCGUCAAGCUACCUGCCGGUCCUUCUUGUUAUCUUGUUACGCAGCCCGUCUGAGCCCUGAGUCGUUGCCAUAGUUUCGGACCUCAUCGCUUCUGUUAUCUUCGCAUUUGUCCGAUUAGGUUGAUCGUGGUCCGUUAGCCGUAGAACGAACCACGACCCCGUGGCAUCCCGACGCCUUGCGCCCAACGCCCAUCUCAAAUUUGUGUAGCAACGUUGGCCGUCGAGUUCUGGUUGAAAUCAACGCCGUCCCUAGCUCCCGACUGCAGUCCCCCGUUUCUUCGCUAUUGAAUGUGGUUGUCGAUGCAUGGAGCCUUCUCGCUGAAUGCUGAUGCUGCUGCGGCUGGAAUUUGCCCCUCCAAAUGUACAUCACUCAGCUGCCGUAAGCCGUGCCCUGGCCAGCAGGCUAUCAUGAAACCAUUUGCACAGAGAGGUUUCUUUCUUUCACGCUCCCUCUUGAGCCCUUGAUGUUUUAGUUACAGCGAGCGAGCGAGCGAGCCAGAUGUUGCCCCUAAUACAAAGGCACCCGAUGGUGCACCACUCUCAAACUUAUACAGCUUCUCCGCCACUCUUCAUGCCUGGCCACUAUCACCACCACCACCAACAACAACAACAACAACACCAGCAGCAGCAGCACCACCACCACCAACAGCAACAACAACAACAACAGCCGCCGCCGCCGCAGCCGCCGCCACUUCCAUUGCAUCAACAUCCCUACGGAAAUUCCUCCGACGCCAACGUUAACGCUCGUUCCUUUCCGACUCCGCCCACUUCCGGGUUUGUUCCUCGUUCUGCCGUUCCCCUUCGUUUAUCGCGACCUGCAGUACCAUCAGUACCCCUACACACGUCGCCAAACGCCCGCCUGGCGCCGCACCAAUUCGUCGAAAAUGGAGAGCAUCGACUGAGGCGAAAGACGCCCAACGGCACCAUUGAUGCCGGCUACGAUGGGAAUCCAAGUCAUCUCGCUUCCGGGCCUCCGCCUUUCAAGCACAUGGUCCUGCCGACGUCCUCAAAGCCCGUCCCGUUUGCCGGUCCCUCACAGAAUGCUUCGCGCUCUUCGUUAUAUCCCGUAGCUUCUUCCGCUGAUCGGUGGUCAUACUCGUCUUCCUUUUCUUUCCAUACACCCGACGGCCCUAGUCUGCUUCCCCUAGAUUCCAAUGUGCUUCCACCGGGAAGUACUCUGCAUGUUAAUUCUCAAGAUCUCGCUACCGCGCUGGCGCUAGAUUGUGCGCCUAGUGGGCCAGUUGCAACCCAUCAAGUGUAUAACAACCUACCUCGAGUGCCAACCGCCCUGCAACCUAUACACCAACAAUCACCAAGUCCAGCCUUAUUUCACAACGGCGCCAUGCUCCCAGCUGCCAUAUGGCCUGAGGCUAACUUAUCUAGCUACUCCUAUACUUUCAGGCCAUCGCCUUACCAGAACCAAUUUAACACGCAGGCCAUCCAUCACCAUGGGUCGGAUGCAUUUGUGGCGCCCUUCUCUGCCAUGAGCCUUAGAUCCGGAUUUGAACCACACCAAGCUUCCAUUCAAGUACCAUCGCAGAAGCUCGAAUCCCUUACCUUGGAGUCUACAGCUUUCAAGCCGAGCGAGAGUCGCGUGCAGGGAAUUCCCUCGCCUGUACGGUUUCGGGAAAAAGUUCUCACUCAUGCACAUCGUUCGUAUUUAGAACUUUUAGCUUAUCAGCAUCAAACCAAGAAAUCUCCACACCGCUCUGUUGGUCCACGAACUUCCUCUAGAAUGGUCAUCUUCCCCAAGCUUCCUAGAUCUUCAAGUUAUUCGAGCAGUGUAUUUGCCACGCAGCAUAGUCAGGAAGAGCUAGACUUUGCUGACAUCAGACGUGGAAAUCUUUCCACGUGUCCUGAAUCUGAACUUCAUCCAGUUGCGCAUGGGCAGUUGAAUCGGAACCAUCAUCUUCGAGGACCCAGGGCACAUAACCCAGCACCUUAUAAUUCUCUUGGAACUGACAACAGCUUACGAGCUUCUGAUCCCAGCCAUGCGGUACGAGAACGUGUGCUUGUCACACCUCUCACGAGUGCCAAGGCUGCCAUUGACAUGCUGACCAACUUAUGCGAACAGAGUGAUUGGAAAUGGAUCGAUGGUAUGCUGCUCGGUGGCUGUCUUCACUAUGGCCUUGAACGUUAUGAACAGUCUCUAGAGUGGUUUCAAAGAAUCGUCUCUUUGGACAGUGGUCAUGUUGAAGCUAUGUCAAACAUGGCCGCCUCGCUGUAUUGUCUUGGUCGCUGCGAAGAAGCAGAGAAACACUGGAUGCGGGCUGUACGUAGACAGCCUAAUUAUCUGGAAGCUGUAGAGCAUCUAGUACAUCUACUAUGCGCAAAUAACCGCAGCAAAGAGGCCGUUGAAAUCAUCGACUUUGUUCAACGGUCACUGAGACUUCCCAACAACUCGCCAAGAAACAACACAGGGAAUGAAGCCCGCAUAGGAUCGACACAUACUCCCUGGGACUCUGGAAUACCACGAAUUGCAUCUCAAUCAGCCUUAAUAAGUGACUCGGAGCGGGCCGAAGAAUUUGAAGCUCCGGGUUUUGGCUUGAGCGGUUAUUCCGUUCCCGCUAGCGAGAACGGCCGCGUGAUCGCGUUGAUCCAUGCUAAGGGCAACAUGCUCUACGCGUUGAAGGAUAUCGACCAGGCCUCUGACGCCUUCGAGGAGGCUGUAUUAAUCAGUACAGGGAAGUCACUUCAGUGUAUUCGAUCGCUUAUCUCUAGGAUUCAGUCUGUCUUGUCGAAUCCUCUAUCGACUAAUAGAAUUCACACUUUAUCAAGUGCACCGUUGUUGCUACCACCAGAUGAAGCAAGACAAACUGCUCGACUAGUGUUUACCACCACUGGCGAGCUUCCUGGUCUACGAUAUGUGCCAGAAGGUAUGCCAAAGAAGUCAGCCAUAUCCACUACUAGUAAUUCACUUUUGUCUUUGGCGAAAAUUUUUCAAGAUGCCAUGUCCAACGGUGGUGCUUAUCCAAAACUGCUUCGCCAACCACCGGGAGUUGGAGAUAUUCUUGCCUUGUACUAUUUAUCGCUCUCCCUCUCUGAAAGCCCGUCGACUGCCAACAAUGUUGGUAUCCUUCUCGCCAGCAUCCAACAUACGCGAGCAGCAUCCCCCAAUCGCACAUCGGAGUCCCUUCCUACCCCUAUUGCUGGGAUAACACCAGGCAGUGGACUUGCCCUGGCACUUGCAUAUUACAAUUAUGGCCUAGGCCUAGACUCAAAACAUGUGCAUCUUCAUACGAACCUCGGUAGCUUGCUUAAGGAUAUUGGCCAGCUAGACCUUGCCAUUCAGAUGUAUGAGCGAGCUGUUGCCUGUGACGGUACUUUCGAUAUUGCCCUAACCAACCUAGCGAAUGCGGUUAAAGACCGUGGGCGCAUUAGUGACGCGAUCAUGUAUUAUAAGCGUGCUGUCAAUUCAAACCCACAGUUUGCCGAAGCUGUUUGUGGUCUCUCUACGGCACUAAACUCAGUUUGUGAUUGGAGAGGCCGGGGCGGGGUGUUACUUGACCACGGGCGGUAUGACCGUUGGCACGUCAAUGAUGAUGGUAUGUUAAAGGAUGCCAGAGAGGAAGGUCUGGGCAGUGGCUUAAUGAAGAAGGUGGUGGCUAUUGUUUCCAAGCAGUUGGCAGAUUCAUCCCAAUGGGGCAUGGGCAUCCUCCAAAAUGGUGAACUAGAUGUUCUGGUGCGCCAACUGAGGACAUGCGUAGGAGGCGAGUUGGGUAACGGUAUAGACGUGGAGGCCGAGCUUAGAAAUUGGGCUGGCCGACCAUGGGAGGGUUCUCGACUCAUUCGACUCAUUGAACGCGCUACGAAAGUGAUGAUGCGGCGUUGGUAUAUCGACCAAUUCGUUACCGGCCAUUCCUCAACCUCUGACUAUGUUAGGCUCAAGCUACCAGCACAAUUGCCCGUACCCGCCGCCCCGACUGUUCUCCCAUUUCACACCUUUACAUGUCCUUUAAGUGCUAAAGACAUUCGGAUGAUCUCACAACGAAAUGCGGCAAGAAUAGCCUGUUCGACUCUAAGAUCUCCUUGGCUACCCACCACUGUCUAUCCUCCACCACCGCCUCCAAGCUCUCAUCUCAACAUCGGAUAUGUCUCUUCUGAUUUUAAUAAUCAUCCUCUUGCUCAUCUGAUGCAAUCAGUCUUUGGGUUUCAUGACCCCCAGCGAGUCAAGGCGAUCUGCUAUGCCACGACUGCUAGUGAUAGAUCUGUCCACAGGCAGCAGAUAGAGCACGAGGCGCCUGUUUUCCGGGAUGUGAGCGGUUGGUCCUCCGAACAGAUUGUACAGCAAAUUGUCAACGACGGCAUUCAUAUCCUUGUCAACUUGAACGGCUAUACUCGAGGCGCAAGAAAUGAAGUUUUUGCAGCACGACCAGCUCCCAUACAAAUGUCAUUCAUGGGCUUUGCUGGCACGCUCGGUGCCGAAUGGUGCGACUACCUCCUAGCUGAUGAAACAGCAAUUCCGCCAUCAACGCUACGACCACCGAGGAGUAAUCUUGGCCUAGAUGAUGUUUUCCGCGACGAAGAAUUCACAGACGCGGAAGACUGGGUUUAUUCGGAGAACAUCAUCUUCUGCCGCAACACAUUUUUCUGUUGCGAUCACGCGCAGUCGUGCGAGGCUGAGGAGACGACCAUCACCUGGGAGGACGAACUGCGUCGUCGAUGGAAAAUGCGUAGGGAACUCUUCCCAAAUCUGUCGGAUAAUACCGUCAUUAUGGGUAAUUUUAAUCAACUCUACAAGAUCGACCCCUCCACGUUUCGUACUUGGCUGCGUAUUCUUUCUAAUGUACCCAAGGCGGUCUUGUGGCUACUCAGAUUCCCUGAGCUGGGAGAGAGCAACCUCCGAAAGACCGCUAAAGCGUGGGCCGGGGAAGAAGUGGCAAACAGAAUCAUAUUCACGGAUGUAGCACCAAAGCAACAGCACAUCUCGCGGGCACGUGUGUGUGACAUCUUUCUAGAUACACCAGAGUGUAACGCGCAUACGACAGCGGCUGAUGUCCUGUGGUCGAGCACACCGCUUUUGACACUGCCAAGGUACCCGUAUAAGAUGUGCUCGCGAAUGGCAGCGUCGAUUCUCAAGGGCGCAUUGCCUAAAAAUGCUGAGGGGGCUCGCGCCGCCCAGGAACUCAUUGCCUCGGAUGACGCCGAAUACGAGGCCUUCGCAACUCGGCUCGCUAGUGGAUUGAGCUAUGAACGGACGAACGAGGCGUAUUGUGAAGGGCGAGGCCGUCUAGCCGAGCUACGCAAAAUUCUAUUCGAGGCAAAGUGGACGUGUGCCCUAUUUGAUACACACAGGUGGGUAUCUGAUCUCGAGAGCGCAUAUGAAGAAGCGUGGCGGCGCUGGGUCACAGGCGAAAGCGGAGAUAUUCAUCUGUAACACAUAGGGACUCACAAACAUACUGAGGUUGGGGUCUCUGCGCUGACGCAUCCUAACAUGCAUAAUGAGCGAGUUGUGCCCAGAACAUGAUUGUCAGUCAUGUAUGCCAGCUUGUACAACCAAGAUGUUGGGACAAUACCGACGGGUAACUAUCUUGUCAUGGUGCGCUUCAGUGGCUCGGCGGUCCAACUUGGCGGGUUAGCUCUUUUUUCUUCUUUUUUUUUGGCUCGAGAUUGGACUGGAAGUGGUGUUUACUCGUAUAUCUGGUUCUGGCCACUCAUUCCAUCUUUGUUGUUAUUUUCCCUCUGUUUGUAAUUACAGGGGCAAGGGAUAUUUUUCAGGGAACUAGGGAUAUAGAAGUGACGGUGACUCGGACCAAGUGCUGGUAAGGUCUCGUUACUAAAGAAAGGGAUAUCGGUCGCCUCAAUC